AUGCCAUCAGUGCGAAUAACAAAUCAAACGGCACACAAGCUGAACAUAUGUUUGAAGCACGUAGCAGCGCUGCAUUUUGAAAACAGUGUUGAAGGCGGGAGCACGAUCAAGCUACGACCGGGCAAGGUAUGGUUCACGCUCGAGGUGAAGAUGGACACAGGGAAGAGUUCGCAGUACAGCGCGACGAAAUCGGCCAUGACGAUCGGGAUAAUAAGCCUGGCUAGUAUCGCUACAGUCGUUGGAUAUGGCGCCCCAGCGGCUAUUGCUGCUAGUGGAGCAGCUGCUGGCACUGCUGCCGGUGGCACUGCUGCUGGAACGAGCGCAUCAGCUGGUGCUGUCAAGUUCUUCACGUCACAGAGCGGUAACAUUGCCAAGCUUUCGAGCUUCUUGGUGGGGAAGAGCGCGAAGAAAGUGUCGGAAGAGUAUGGCGGGAUGAGCGCUGUGCAGGAGGAGGUGCUGUCGAUCGUCAAGAGCCCGGAUGUGGACAGCAUGACUCGCUCAGAGGCACUCAAGAGCCUCGCCCAGGUUGGUAAAGCGUACAAAUCGGAUAGGAAGAACAAGAAGGAAAUGAGCGAGGAGGAGCAGUUGCAGGAAAUGGAGAAGAGGCUGACAGAGGAGGUUAAUGAGGCGAGGAAAAGUCGAGGAGAAGCACAGAUUGUUGAGAAUACACAAGACACACAGCCUGAAGAUAUGGUCAGCAAGGACAAUAGGAAGAGCGUCGUGCGUGUGCAUGGCUUAUACGUGAAGGAGAGAAUGGAAUUGGAGGUCUUUGUUAGGGACGGGAAGCUGACUAUCAAGGACAAGCUGAGUGAGAAGGUGUACUAG